AUGAACGCAGUUUUUCUGUUAAAUACAGGCUAUUUAAUUCCUCUCUUGGGUUUCGGGACAUAUCAGAUCACGGGGCCUGAGAAGAUCUAUAAUGUACUCGAUUAUGCAUUGAAUGCUGGAUACAGACACAUUGACUCUGCGAUUGUGUACAGAAACGAAGCUGAAAUCGGCAAUGCUCUAAAAACUUUAUUGCCAAAGUAUAACUUAAAACGAGAAGAUAUUUUUAUUACAACCAAAAUUGUACCUUCGUCGAAGCAUUCUGAACAGGACGUCGAGAAUUUAGUAAAGGAUUCGUUAAGGAAUUUACAAACAAAUUAUAUAGAUUUGUUUUUGAUUCACUGGCCUGGCGCGUCUGGAUUGCAGCCAGGUGAUCCGAAAAAUAAGAAGCAACGACUUUUGACUUGGAAGAUUUUGACGAAAUUCAAGAAAGAAGGUCUUUUAAGGUCUGCUGGCGUCUCUAACUUCCUUAUUAAGCAUUUGGAAGAGUUGGUCGACGACCCUGAAUACGAAACACCUGCUGUCAAUCAAGUCGAGUGGCACCCACGCAAUCACAAUUCAACCCUUCUCGAUUACUGUCGCGAAAAAGGAAUAUUCCUACAAGCGUAUAGCUCACUUGGAACAUCAGGCUCAUCAUCCCUUCGUGAGGAUUCAACUGUACGUCAAAUUGCUCAAAAAUUAGGAAAAUCCUCGACACAAGUAUUAUUGCGUUGGGCAUAUCAGCAGAAUAUUGGCAUCUUGCCAAAGGCAUCGAGUCGUGCACACAUUGAAGAAAAUAUCGAUUUGGAUUUCGUGAUUCCAGAUGAAGACAUGAAAACAUUGAGUGACUUGAAGGUCAAACAGAAAUUUGCUUGGGAUCCGACUGUUGUUGCAUAA